UCAUGCAAUUCUCGCCCAGUCCCUCAUUUGUGGCGCUUUCUUUUAACAGAUACUGGUAUACCCAGCCCCUGCACUUACUCCGUUCCUUUUCUUUCCGCCGCCGUUAGGUUUCCGUCUUCGUUCCCAUUUUCUAUUUUCUUGCCGUUUCUUGCGAGUUUUGUAGGCCCUCCUCACCCUGGUGGGACUCGUUUUUGGGUGUUAAUUUGUUCGCUGUCGGUGUUGUUUUCCAUAAGUUCUGAAUGGUGGGAUUCGUGUUCCGUGUUUAGAUUCGCAUUGAGUUAUUGCUGUUCUCGAUUUCUUUUCUUCUCUCUCUCUUAGAUCUUUUCUUCUUCUGAGAGCUCGGCGUGGGGAUUGUGGUGUUUCGUCGGGGUGAGUUAGGGUUUGGUUCUUGUUUCUCAGAUCCCUUCUGCUUCGUUUGAGGGGGUGGCCGGGGCCUUGGCCUCGGCGGCUUUCAAAGCCCCCACCUUUACAACAGAAUCCACAAAUCUGAUUCUUUAAUUCUUUUCGACUCGGAAAACAGAUCGGGGAAGAGAUGCCGGCCCUGGGAUGUUGCGUAGACGCCGCUGUGGCUCCUCCUCCCGGCUACGCCUUCGCCCGGGAUAGCUCUCUUCCCGCGCCGGACCUAUUUUCCGGCGUACCUCUGCCGACAACCACAGCCACCAUUGAUACCACCACCCAUUGGUCUCCCUCCCUGUCCGCUAGUCUGUACAAGAUUGACGGAUGGGGGGCUCCGUACUUCUCCGUCAACUCCUCCGGCAACAUCUCUGUUAAGCCCUAUGGCGCAGGCUCGCUGAGCCACCAAGAAAUCGAUCUCUUGAAGAUUGUGAAGAAGGCGUCCGAGCCGAAAUCCUCCGGCGGCCUUGGCUUGCAGCUGCCGCUCAUCGUCCGGUUACCGGACGUGCUCAAGAACCGGUUGGAGUCUCUCCAAUCCGCCUUUGAUUUCGCUGUUCAAUCUCAGGGCUACGAAUCGCAUUACCAAGGUGUUUAUCCUGUGAAAUGCAAUCAAGACCGGUUUGUGGUCGAGGACAUAGUGCGAUUCGGGUCGCCCUUCCGGUUCGGGCUAGAGGCCGGGUCCAAACCGGAGCUCCUCCUCGCCAUGAGCUGUCUCUGCAAGGGAAGCGCCGAGGCUUUGCUGAUCUGCAACGGCUUCAAGGAUGCCGAGUACAUUUCGCUUGCUUUGGUCGCAAGAAAGCUGGCCUUGAACACAGUGAUUGUGCUUGAGCAAGAGGAAGAGAUCGAUCUGGUGAUUAACCUGAGCCAGAAGCUCGCCGUUCGGCCCGUGAUUGGUGUCCGAGCGAAACUGAGGACGAAGCAUUCCGGCCAUUUCGGAUCCACUUCAGGCGAGAAAGGAAAGUUUGGACUGACAACGACCCAGAUUUUGCGUGUGGUGAGGAAGCUGGAACACUCUGGAAUGUUAGAUUGCUUACAGUUGCUGCAUUUCCAUAUCGGAUCUCAAAUCCCUUCGACAGCGUUGCUAGAGGACGGCGUUGGUGAGGCCGCCCAGAUCUACUGCGAAUUGGUCCGCCUUGGGGCCUCAAUGAAAGUCAUUGAUAUCGGAGGUGGGCUGGGGAUCGAUUACGACGGCUCAAGAUCGGCUGAUUCUGACAUCUCCGUCAGCUACGGCCUGGAAGAGUAUGCUGCUGCCGUCGUUCAAGCCGUCCGCGUCGUUUGCGACCGGAAGUCUGUGAAGCAUCCUGUGAUUUGCAGCGAAAGCGGCCGAGCAAUCGUUUCCCAUCACUCGAUUUUGAUCUUUGAGGCUGUGUCCGCUAGCGUGCAUGAUGCGCCUGCUAUGAAUUCCCUCAGCCUUCAGUACUUCGUGGAUGGCCUUCCCGAGGAGGCGCGCACUGAUUAUGGGAAUUUGUCUGUCGCGGCCAUUCGUGGAGACUACGAGACCUGCUUGCUCUACGCCGAUCAGCUUAAGCAGAGAUGUGUCGAGCAAUUCAAGGAAGGAUCUCUAGGUAUCGAACAGCUCGCUGCCGUUGAUGGCCUGUGUGACUUGGUCUCAAAGGCGAUCGGUGCGGCGGAUCCGGUUCGCACAUACCAUGUUAAUCUGUCAGUUUUCACUUCCAUUCCCGAUUUCUGGGGAAUUGGACAGCUGUUCCCAAUCGUCCCGAUUCACAGGCUUGAUCAACGUCCGGGAGUAAGAGGCGUAUUGUCCGAUUUGACCUGUGACAGUGACGGGAAAAUCAACAAAUUCAUCGGCGGCGAGUCAAGCUUGCCGCUUCACGAGUUGGAAGAAGGCGGCGGUAUCUCUGGUGGUGGCCGUUACUAUUUGGGGAUGUUCCUGGGCGGGGCUUAUGAGGAGGCGCUCGGAGGAGUCCACAACCUCUUCGGCGGCCCAAGCGUGGUGCGCGUGUUGCAGAGCGAUGGCCCCCACAGCUUCGCGGUGACACGUGCCGUGCCUGGGCCGUCGUGCGGGGACGUGCUCCGGGUGAUGCAGCACGAGCCCGAGCUCAUGUUCGAGACGCUCAAGCACCGGGCCGAGGAGUUCGUGCACGACGAUGGCGGCAGCUUCGCCUACGCGUCGCUCGCCAGCGGCCUUGCCGGCUCCUUCCACAACAUGCCUUAUCUUGUCGCCGGUUCGUCCUGCGGCUACACUGCCGCCAACGGUGGCAAUCCCUACUACUAUUGCAGCGAUGAAAACUAUGGCGCCGUUGGCGAUUCUGCCGCAGCUGGGGAGGACGAGCAAUGGACCUACUGCUGUGCUUGAGACUGGUCUAAGGAUUUCCGCCGGUUGAGGAGGUUGUAAGCCGUGGAGGUCGUCUGUUUUUCAGUUAAUUGAUUUCCUUUCGUCUUUGAAUCUAGUUUUAUUUCCCUGAAUUCCUGAUGAACAAGAUGCAAUGCAAGCAAACAGCAUGCUCUGUCUUCUGCAUUCUGAGAUUUUGAGUUGAAUAUUUCUGAAGCAUGUAAAGUUGGGCACCAAUUUCUCCUUUUUUUAAUUGUUAGAUCUUUAGUUGUUA